CUGGCGGAAGGCGACGGCGGGCUGAUGAAAAUUAUUCCUCCAAAACUCCUCUCCAUACCUCAUCCAACCACACACCCGAGGUCGUCAUCGCGUCACCUGGCGUCCUGGAUCCCGAACAAUCUACGCCUCAAGGCCUCCUCACAGCCUUGUAAACCGCCUUGUCUCGCCCGGCUCUGCGGAGGAGGCUCCCCGUCUUUCGACUUCUGAUCUUUUCGGUCGCGCCUACAGCUUCGUUGCUGAAUUUAUCGCGACGCCGGUCCGAAACCCGUCACAAUGGCGUCGUCGUCGCUCGACCCGAUACGCUCCCUCCUCUUCGGCAACCCAAUUGCCGUAACGAUAGGAGAUGCGCUCAACUCCUUCUCGGAGCGCAGAGCCAAGCUCGGCCUGUCCAACCCCGGCACCAUUGAGACCCUCGCCAAGGAGGUCCAGCGCGAUGUCUUUCUCAACAACUACAUGUUCACCGGCAUCCGCGCCGACCUGACCAAGAUCUUCAGCAUGGCCCCGCUCUUCCAGGUCUCUCAUCAGUUCGCCAUGGGCGAGCGAAUCAACCCCUACACCUUUGCCGCCAUGUACGGCACCGGCAAGGUCUUCUGCCAAGGCAACAUCGACAACGAGGGCUCUCUCUCCGGUCGCUUCAACUUCCGCUGGACCGACAAGCUCGUGUCCAAGUCACAGCUCUCCAUCUCUCCCGGCGGCCAGGACAUGGCCCAGUUCGAGCACGAGUACACCGGCAAUGAUUUCAGCGCCUCCCUCAAGAUGCUCAACCCCUCGUUCCUCGAAGGUGGAAUGACCGGAAUUUACAUCGGAAGCUACCUGCAGUCCGUCACUCCCCGCCUUGCCCUCGGCCUUGAGACUCUCUGGCAGCGCCCCGCCCUCACGCAGGGCCCCGAGUGCGCCGUUUCGUACUGCGCCCGCUACAAGGCCGAGGACUGGGUCGCCACUGCUCAGCUGCAGGCCGCCAUGGGAACCCUCAACACCUCGUACUGGCGCAAGCUCUCCGACAAGGUCCAGGCCGGCGUCGAUCUGAGCCUCGGCCUCGUCCCUGCUGCCGGCGGUCUCAUGGGCGGCGGCCUCCAAAAGGAGGGCGUUACCACCAUCGGUGCCAAGUACGACUUCCGCAUGUCUACUUUCCGCGCUCAAGUCGAUUCCAAGGGCAAGCUCUCCUGCCUGCUCGAGAAGCGUGUUGCUCCUCCCGUUAUGAUGACUUUCGCGGCCGACGUCGACCACUUCACGCAACAAGCGAAGCUCGGCCUCGGCGUGUCUAUCGAAGCCGCGCCCGAAGAGCUGCAAGAUCAGCAGGAAGCUCUGGGUGCCCAGACGCCCCCCAACAUCCCCUUCUAAGCCCGACAAUGUCGGUGUGACGAAGGCGUCUCGGCUCCAACUCUCCUCUUACCAUGAAGCUGCUUUGCGCAGCAGACAUCGUGCGGCAGACGAUCGAGCACCGUCACUUCAUUCGAUGUUUCAUAUCUCGCCCUCGUCUCCAGCUUCCUCCAGCUCCGAAGACGGUGCCUCCUAAAUCGCCUCCGCACUACCGUCACGCACGCGGGCAGCUUCAUCCCGAUAGACCCUGUCAACAUAGCCGAGACAGCAAAAACGGAAAUUUAAUUGGCGCCAGCAUCGACGCCUUGCGCGCACAACGGCACUCCAAGAUCCAGAGGAGUAGUGGGUAUAUCUUGGAUCGGUGGCGUCGUCCGCAAUCAUGUGUAUAUUACAAUCCUCAAAAGGGGCCUCCCCAUGAUGGUGGGGAGGGCCUUUGUAACGCAGUAGGGGAGGCAUGUUUGGUUUCCCAGGAGCAGAGACUUUGAUGGGCCCUGACGGUUGCGGGGGUCCCCGGCGUGGACGGCCGAGACCUGCUUUUAGUGUACGAGGAUAUAGACGAAACCCGAUUGUUCUACUUGCUGUUGUAGUCAGCG